CAAACUCCAACACGUGCGGUGGUGUCGACCCCCUGCUGUAGCCGACUGAGCGCUCUACAUGUUUCGUUAGUUACUCUACACUCAGACACGCCAAAGGACCGUUCUGUAUCAACAAGAGUUUCUGAAGUUGGUUGGGCAAACCUUACAGCCGCAUAUAUCUCCUUUGCGCGCUCUCUCUUCCACAUAAUGGAUAAUUCUAAAUCAAAUGCUGUCGCGGUUAACGUAGUGAACGGACAUUCUAAAAGUGAUGAAGCUUCGGUAACCGAAUCCACCGUAGAGUCACCCGUGUUUUGCUGCGGCUGUCUGAGGCGGAUCAGAGGCUGGAUCCCCGUGCAUUAUAAAGAAGAGAUUGGCCAAAUUCUGAAACUAGCGGGACCGGUGGUUAUAUCCCAGCUGAUGAUCUUUCUGAUCAGUUUUGUCAGCACCGUGUUCUGUGGUCACCUGGGGAAGACUGAGCUGGCUGGGGUGGCACUGGCUAUAGCGGUGAUCAAUGUCACCGGCCUCUCCAUUGGCUCUGGCCUGGCAUCAGCCUGUGACACUCUCAUAUCUCAGACAUUUGGCAGUGGUAAUAUGAAUCGUGUUGGCAUGAUUCUACAAAGGGGGGUUCUGAUUCUGCUCCUGGCCUGCUUCCCCUGCUGGGCUCUCCUCAUCAACACUGAACCCAUCCUAUUGGCUGUUAAACAGAGCCCGGAGGUCGCCAGGCUCUCCCAGCUGUAUGUGAUGAUCUUCAUGCCAGCCUUGCCGGCUGCCUUCAUGUUCCUGCUGCAGGGGAAAUAUCUGCAGAAUCAGGGUAUCAUCUGGCCUACCGUGCUAGUAGGAGUGGUGGGGAACAUUCUCAAUGCUCUCAUCAACUACAUCUUCCUCUAUGUGCUGGACCUGGGCGUAGCUGGUUCUGCUGCAGCCAACUCCAUCUCCCAGUACUCCCUGGCUGUCUUUCUCUACUGCUAUAUUGUCUGGCAGGGUCUGCACAAGGCCACCUGGGAAGCACCUUCCCCAAGCCACUACGACCUAGCCCCAGCACCUUCCCCAAGCCACUACGACCUAGCCCCCAGCACCUUCCCCAAGCCACUACGACCUAGCCCCAGCACAUUCCCCAAGCCACUACGACCUAGCCCCAGCACCUUCCCCAAGCCACUACGACCUAGCCCCCAGCACCUUCCCUAG